AUGAAACCUACAACCGUAAGAUAUUUCAGUCAAACUGCAGUGGAACAACUUACAAGACCCUGGAAGAAAUACCGUGAUGGUACAUUAUUUUAUGGUUUAAGUAAAUCAGGAAAUAGAAGAACUGCAUUAACUACGAAGCAAGGGAAUAAGACAAUGUAUAAAGGUACUAGAGCAUCAGGUAUCGGUAAACAUACCAAGUUUGGUGAAUAUGUGAUAAACUGGAAUAAAGUACGUACAUAUGUGACACCUAAAUUUUUAAAUAUGGAUUUAAAGCCCUUAUUAAGUAGUAAUUUACCUGUAUUAAGACAUGAAUUUAAAGGUUAUCCAAAAGGUCCACAAGACACUAAAUUAUAUAUUCAAAAAUUGAAGGAUUACAUCAAGAAUGGUAAAGUUCAAAGUGAAGCAAGUGAUGUUAACUGCUACGUUGAAAGAGGUUAA